AUGUCUGUAAUAUGUUCUCACUGUAAAGCCGUUACAUGGAAAGGAGAGAGCUCAGGCAUCUGCUGCAAUAAUGGUAAAGUCAAACUGGAACCAUUGAGACAUCCUCCAGAACCAUUGAAAGGGCUUUUAAUGGGCACAGAUUCAAGAUCAAAAAUGUUUCUUUCCUGUAUUAGAACUUACAAUAAUGCCUUUCAAAUUACUUCCUUUGGUGCAAAAAGUAUUGUAUGUGAAGGUACUUUUAUGCCUACUUUUAAAAUUCAGGGUCAAGUUUACCACUUAAUUGGUUCACUUCUUCCUGAAGGUAAUGAACAUCCACAAUUUCUACAGUUGUACUUCAUGGGCAAUGACAGCGACAAUAUAGAAGCAACUUUAAGAUGUAAUAUUUAUCCAGGUCUUAACUUAGGUAUUGUUCAAGAUUUACAAAAGAUGUUACAUGUGGAAAACAAUUACAUUAACAGUUUCAAAACAGCGCUAGAUCAGCAUGUUCAUAGAGAAAAUAAUGAUUUCAGAGUUAUUAUUCGUGCAGAGAACAUACCUAUACAGCAUCACAAGGGACGGUACAAUGCACCUGUUAAUAAUGAAGUUGCUGUAUUAAUAGUGGGCCAGGAUUUUACAAAGAGAGACAUUAUUUUGCAUUUGAAAAGUGAUCAACUUCAGCGAAUAUCUGAACUUCACAGAUCUUACGAUCCUCUUCAAUAUCCUCUAAUGUUUCCGUAUGGAGAAGAUGGUUACCAUAUUAAUGUAUUACAAUGUAACUCAACAAAAACAGUUUCAGCAAUGACUUUCUAUAGGUAUCGUAUCAUGGUUAGAGAAAAUGAAACAAAUUACUUGCAUUAUUUUCGUCAAAUAUACAACCAAUAUUUAGUUGAUAUGUAUGCAAAAAUUGAAUCAGAACGUCUUUCAUUUAUUCGCAAUAACCAAAAGAAACUUAGGGUAGACGAUUAUAUUCAUCUGAAAGAUGCAAUACACAGUGAUGGAAACAUUGAAUAUGUGGAUCAAUUAGUUAUUUUACCUUCAUCUUUUACAGGAUGUCCACGUUAUAUGCACGAAAAAACUCAGGAUGCCAUGACGUAUGUCAGGAAAUUUGGCAGACCAGAUUUGUUUAUUACUUUCACAACUAAUCCAAAAUGGCCAGAAAUAACUGACACGUUAUUACAGGGCCAACAAGCUCAUGAUAGACAUGACAUUAUUAGUAGAAUUUUUCAUUUAAAAGUUAAAAGACUAAUUAAUUUGUUAACAAAACGAAAAAUCUUUGGCACAUGUACCUGCUAUAUGUAUUCCAUUGAGUGGCAGAAACGAGGCUUGCCUCAUGUACACAUUCUCCUGUGGUUGGAACAAAAAAUUACUCCUAAUCAGAUAGACUUAAUCAUCAGUGCAGAAUUCCCUGACAAACAUCAAGAUCCAUUACUAUUUUCUAUCAUCAAAUCUAAUAUGGUUCAUGGACCAUGCGGCUCACUAAAUCCUAAAUCUCCUUGCAUGAAAAAUGACAAGUGCACUAAGAGAUAUCCUAGGUCUUUUGUAAGUCACACAAUAACCGGACAAGAUGGGUAUCCUACAUACAAAAGACGAUCUCCUGAAGAGGGAGGAUCAGUUGUUGAAAUUAAGAUAGGUGGAAUAGAAAUCACUGAUGACAAUCAUUGGGUAGUACCAUAUUGUCCUCUUUUAUGCAAGACUUUUAACGUUCACAUUAACGUUGAGUUUUGCAAUUCUGUUAAGUCAAUUAAAUACAUUUGUAAAUAUGUAAACAAAGGUACAGAUCAAGCAACAUUUGCUAUUGUUAACAAAGAAAAUGACGAACUGUACCAGUAUCAAUCAGGGCGUUACAUAAGUUCUUCUGAAGCUGUGUGGAGGAUUUUAUCUUUCCCAAUUCAUGAGAGAUAUCCUCCUGUGACACAUUUGGCAGUUCACCUAGAAAAGGGUCAGCGUGUUUACUUUACGACUACCAAUGUUUUACAACAUCCGUUCAGUAUAUGGGUAAAACAUCGCAACAGUUUAACAGAAGACAUUUAUCGUCGAGAACAAAGACUGUUUCCUGAUCUUAACAUCACAUACAAUGACAUUAUGUAUAAUGAAGUAUUAAUAAUGUUACAACACAAAUUACAGUCUGUGUCUGGAAAAACUCUUCAGGAUUAUGGUCUUCCCGCACCACACCUUCAUACUAGCACUUCCUUUCGUACCAAGUAUACUACACAAACAACAUAUGAUAUUCACAGGCUUCUAUUUUAUGUACAAGAAAAUGAAAACCUUUUAGUGAGCGAUCAGAAAAGAGCUUAUGAUGAAAUAUUGGAAAGUGUACAUAAGAGUCACGGAAAAAUAUUUUUUCUUGAUUCACCAGGAGGCACAGGUAAAACAUUCUUAAUUAAUUUAAUAUUGGCUAAAAUCAGGUCAGACGGUAAAGUUGCAAUAGCUGUAGCGUCCUCAGGCAUAGCUGCCACGUUAUUGGAGGGGGGGAAAACUGCUCAUUCAGCUUUCAAGUUGCCUUUAAACCUAACUUACAAUGAAGCUCCUGUCUGUAAUGUGAAGAAAGGGACUCUUCUAGCUCAAGUUUUACAAGACUGUGUGAUUAUCAUUUGGGAUGAGUGUACUAUGUCCCACAAAGCAGCAAUAGAAGCUUUGAACAGAACGCUUCAGGACAUAAGGAAUAAUGAAAAUGUAAUGGGUGGAGUCACUGUUCUCUUUUCAGGAGAUUUCAGACAAACUCUUCCAGUUAUUCCAAGAGGUACACGGGCCGAUGAAGUCAGAGCAUUGCUAAAGUCAUCAUUUCUUUGGAGUUGUAUUCACACAUUGACUCUUACCAUUAAUAUGAGAGUUCUAUUACACUGUGACACUUCAGCAGAUGCUUUUUCAAAAUUGCUUCUAGCAAUAGGCAACGGAGAAAUAAAAGAGACUUCAAAUGGAAACAUUGACAUUCCAAAUGAUCUUGCGAACUUAGUCAACACCGUUGAAGAACUGACAGAAAGACUUUACCCCAAUGUUAUAAAUUUACAGGAAAAAAGUGAUGCAUGGUUAUGUGAAAGAGCUCUCCUGUCGCCUACAAACAAUAGCGCUGAUGAGAUAAAUAACUAUGUGCUGCAAAAAUUGCCCGGUGAUAAAAAAUCUUACUUUUCUAUCGAUUCUGUUUUAGAUGGUAAAGAAACAGUUCAUUAUCCUAUUGAGUUUUUGAAUUCCCUUAAUCCUCCUGGAAUGGCUCCUAAUAAAUUGUUCCUUAAAGUUGGUGUACCAGUAAUUUUAUUGCGGAAUUUAAAUUCUCUGAAACUAUGUAACGGUACACGCUUGAGAGUAAUAGCAUUGCAAUCAAACAUUAUUGAGGCCUCAAUACUAACUGGCUGUGCAAAAGGUGAAAAAGUGUUUAUUCCUCGAAUUCCAAUGAUCUCUAGCAAUGACUAUCCGUUUCAAUUUAAAAGACUGCAAUUCCCUAUAAAACUUUGUUUUGCAUUAACAAUAAACAAAGCUCAAGGUCAAACUUUCUCUCUUGCAGGUUAUAUCCUGCAUUGUAGCAUUAUUGCUGACGCCUUACUGCCGGAAUUAUCCGGCACAUUUGCCUAUCGUUAUGUGAAUGCCUGGCGCGUAGUAUAA